CAUAACGCAUCGUGAUACGGCAGACAUUGGCGGCAUUUAAAGCAGAUAGUAGCUUGUCGAUGUUGAACGGCCGCGGCCUGAGGGAUCUAAUUUCUACGUUUUGGUUCUCAUCCAUCAUUAAAGGGUUUAAAACAGAAGCUAUACAGGGUAUCUCACUAGCAUGGGUAUAGCGGAUGAAGCCGACCGGACGCUCUUUGUUGGUAAUUUGGAUCCUCAAGUGACGGAAGAGCUCCUCUUUGAGCUGUUUUUACAGGCUGGGCCCUUGAUAAAGGUAAAAAUACCUAAGGACAAUGAUGGAAGGUCUAAACAGUUUGGAUUUAUUAACUUCAAGCAUGAGGUGUCUGUCCCUUACGGGAUGAACCUAUUGAAUGGAACUCGGCUCUUUGGAAGACCUCUGAAAAUACAAUUUCGUGCAGGAAGCAGCCACAUAAGCCAAGAUGGGAGCAGCCCUGGAAGCUUCCAGAACCCCAGUCCCUGUAACACACCUACUCACCGUGGGGGCAGGCAUGACAGAUUGACGGAUGAGAUGGGCUCCCCAUCCUACUCGCCGCCACAGAUCUUGCAGCGCUCCUUUUCAUCCCCGGACAAUCUGCAGAGGCAGGCAGUGAUGAACGCGCGGCAAAUGCAGAUGAAUGGCAGCAUCCAGCAGAACCAGGGACACGGGGGCAGCCCAGGCUACGCAGUCCCGUGGCAGCAGGACAGCCCCAUGUCCAGGGGCCAGCGGCACUCCCACCAGCACGAAAAUGCCAGCUACUACAGCAGGGACCAGCGCCAGCAGGAGUUUUGCUCAGAAAGGCAUCAGCGGGGCCAGAGGAGCGACUACUAUCACCAUGACGAUAGAGACGGUGGGCGGAGCCGAGACUAUCCUGAGAGACGAAGAGAUGCAUCCAGAGAUGGCCGCUGGAGACGCUACUGACUCAACAGGAGUUCUUUUCUUGUUUUCUUUUAACUUUUUUUGUUUUGCGUUUUUUUUUUUUUAAGUUUUUGGGUUUUUUUUUACUUUUUAAACAAAAAUACUUUUUAUAGACUGAUUAUAAUAAGGGAAACAUGGAGUAAUGUCUGGAGGUGAGGGGUCACAAACAGGUGCUGAAUUUGGCAUAAAGCAGGCUGUAUGUAUUUUAAUUUUUUUAUUUUCCAAAAGAUUAACGCUGCAUAAGAAGUGAUUCCUCACAAGUGCCUGCAAGGUGCUGCAGUUAAACCCCCAAAACAUCGCAAUGGUGGAGUUGCAGAGAUAAUGGAUACACAUCAGUUAUGGUUUGCAUUUUUUUAUUUUUUAUUUUUAAAAAAGAAACUUUAAAAAGCUCUGUAAAUAUGUGCUUUGUACAAGAAAUGUAAAAAUGUGCACUUUUCAGACAUGUACACCAUUUUUGGGAUCCUUUGUUUUAAUUACAUUUUACAUGCAUUAUGUUCUGGCCCCCAAACCCCACAUAUUUUCAUUGUUUUAUAAGUGGAGUCAAUUGAAAUGUAGUAAUAGCCUGCACUAGAAUGGAUAAUUGGAGUAUUUGAAAAAUGUAUUUGAACACAAGAAAAAAAAAAGAAAAAAUCCUGAGCUGUUUUGUCAUUUCUGACAGAAAGCUUUGACCACUGAUAAAUGACCAAGACCGAAUUAUUUUAUAGUUGUGCUUUUUACAAAACCUAUGGAAAUUUGUCAGUCUGUUUCAAAAAGACCAUGUUUAUGAACAUGUGAAAGGUUUGUGUUAGAAAGCUCAGGUAUUUUAAAUAAAUUCUUAUGUUUACGUAA